AUGGAUUAUGAAAUAGGACAGAACAUCUGGCUCACUGCAUUCGCGCAAAUCCGACUGAUUACUGGGGGUGGCUUUCUUGCCGUGUCGUAUCUCAAGAACCGUGACAGCACAGGUGAUGUCGAUUACUUAAUUGACCCAGAAUUUGCCGCAGACAAGAAUCUUCAGAAUGCCCUUCAUAGCACUAUGCGCACCGUGGCACGUCAACUACAGUAUGACGAUGAACUGGAUCAACGAAGCUAUGGCUAUCUUUGUGCCCCAAAAGCUCGACAAACCCUGUUUAAACUAGCUAAGAAACAGAACAUCGCGUUAUCGUUAUUUAAAGGAGAAAGCUUUAAGAUCCUAGCCGCUCCGAUCGAAUGGGCCCUGGAGCGGAAGCUGAUGAGGAUCUACGCUGCAGAUCGCGAUCGGGAGGCGGAAAUGGAUAUAUCAGAUGCAAUUGCUUUUUUUGAAGUACCCGAGGGAGCAUAA